CGGUGACUCAGAACGGCAUGUCUGUUUGUAUUGUGUGUCUGUGAGCAGCUUCGAAGUUCUACGCAAACAGAUUCUCCCAAAAAUACCCGCUUUUGGUGAGUAGCCUUUUAAAGAUACUUCUUCAAUAAUUCAAAGCGGUUUAUUAAUAUUUGAACAUGGGACUGAUUCUGUUCCCCGUUAGAUUCGCUUGCGAACCGAGCAGGACUUUAUUUCCGCUGAAACCGGAGAAUGAGAUCGUGUCUGUGUUGAGUGUUUACCGAACUAUUCCCGUUUGAAGCUUAUCUAUUUCUAGACACCUUUUUUGUACUUGGUUCUUUCUGAUAUCAUAACAUCGGCCAGUCUAAUCAUUGAGUUCUUCAGCUUGUUCUAGUAUGGCGCUGUUUCGUGUUUUCGGAUAACAGGCCAGCAUCACGGAAUCACAUUCCGCUACUACGAAGAAAUGAACCGAGUUCUUGAUUUGGACACAAUUGUUUAGCCUAAAAUUACUUUGUGUGUAUUUUCGUCAUCUGUUGCCAGUACGAGAAUAACAUUUUCGCUUGGUGAAACCUUUAGAUGAUGAAACAAAAUGUGUCUUAGUUACUUUGCGCCACGAUGCAAAUCUAUGUGUCUUCAGGCGAAACCAUGCAUAGUUUUUCGCAGCAUUCCGCAUGAAAUCAGCGCGCAGUAAGAUCAAGGUCACUCACCAUGUGAAGUCGCAUAUUUCGUUGUGGUGGCUGUUAAAUAAGGGCGCAUUUUUAUCAUAACUGUGAUGUAGCAGGAAAUUACUGAUUCAUUUGAAGCAGAGUAUUUUGAAGCGUGAUUUGAAUUUCGUAAUUAAUCUCGCUUUAGGGCUGAUAUCAGAGACGAGCGACAGAUCGCUAAGUUCCGCUGGACUUUGUGUCGUUCAGUUGCUCAAUAAGAGCUGAUUGUCAAUUGCGUAAUAGACACUAUUAAUUGUCUUGGGAUGUUCUAUUGUGUCGCAAUGUUUUAUACUUUGUUUAAUAAGGCAGCUUUGGUUAAACACAUCUUGGCUGCCAUUUUGUUGUUUUUCUCGAUUCGCUUACACAGUGUGAAUUCAAGAUCAGUCAGCUUUUCUGUUUCAUAAGUCAUGCGUCAGGUCAUGUGGACACUAUAUUCUGAUUACACGUCAAACACUAAUCAUGAAUAAAGAGGUUGCCCUCGACAACAGUAAGUGUUCUGGAGGUUUCCGGUGAAUUAGUCACGGUCUUAGUUUGCGAUAAAAUCUAUGGGUAGUCUGUCGCUUAGGAAAACCCCUACUUUUUCGAUCUAUCUGGCAACCCUAUCUUAUUUUAACGUAAAAUGGGAAAUGAGGCUUGACGAAUCAGAAAAUACGGUUUGGUUUUCAUCGCUUAUUUGUUCUCGCGCGUAACCUUCCCUUGACCCCCACCCACCUACCCACAUGACCCAACGCAGUGCUUUGCUUUGUGUCACGCAUCGAAUUCAUUGAGUUAGGAGGCGUGUCAUUCCUAGAAGGUACGUUUCUGUUCUUCUGUCGCUUUACUUUCAAUACACAGCUCUUUUUGUUUCCUUAAACAGCGUCUGGACUCAAAUAUCGUUUAGCUUGAUUUACAUGACGAAGGUCCUGAACAUACUAGUGUGAUUUGAUCGGGAGGUUGUGUUCGAUCCACACUGAUUAUGUUGAAAUACCUCAAAUGUGGAAUGAUUACAGAAAUAGAGAUCUCGUUUUAAAACUGGACAAGUUGGUAAUUGAGACACGAAAACAACCCUCCAUAAAGGUUGGUAGAGCGAUUUCACUAAUAGGUUUUUUUUAAUUUUUCGAAUACCUCAGAUUCAGAUGGUAUUUAUUAGAUCGAAGGUUAGUUAACAAAACCUUUACAGAAGAUGUUUUGAGUUCAGUCUCCAGGCUGAAGGCACGGAAUCACAUUCCUGUAGUAAGGGAUCGAGGAGCAUGAAGCAGUGCACUGCAAUCAAGAACUUUACAAUUGUAGUAGUAGUUGUCAUCUAAAAGUUGUCUUUUUGCCCUGGGUUUGUGACCAGCGCGUGUAGUAAUAUUAUCAUGCAAAAUAUGCAAAAUAUUGAUGCGCAUGAAUGCUAAUUCCACGUGGAUGUGAAUAAUAAUCUCUCUGUUUAGUUUACACAAUAAUGUCGUUGUUAUGCAAUCACGUUUUAUUCCCUUACCGGAUUUUAUGAUCAGACUGCACUAGUAAAGCUAUAAUUGGACAAUUUCGUUGGUUUCUAAACGCGGCAGAUUUAUCUGUGAAAGUAUCAGCACGUGAGAGACAAUGACGCGGCAGAAUCUAGGGUUCGAACGUGCUGUUGUUAAUGCUUGAAUUGAACAAGGAUUGUCCACUUGUAGAACGUCUUUUAAUAACCUCUUCGUCUUGAGGACGUAAAAUUUUGUUUUCAGUUGAUUUUAAUAGCUGGAAUUUCCAAAGUAGACCUAUAUUUUGAUGUAAAUAAAGAAAUGAGCACAAACUUUCUGCCCUCUCAAGUUUCCUUUGACCCGGAAUCCUAUGAGUUUAUCUGGAUUAGCCGGAAAAAAUGUCAUAGAUUUCGUUUUCGUAAAGAAAGGAAAAAUCUAGAAUCGGAACUUACGUGUUGCGAUCUGAAGAAUUUGCAUAGCGGAAUUUGUAAUUAUUUUUGUUUAAACACAGCUGAAAUUUAAGCAGCACGUAGUGCUAGGUUCCGUCGUCAUGUCUUUCAGUUGACUGUCGAACUUGUUAACUUACAACUUUUUGGUUUAAACUAAAUUGCGAGUAUUUCCUUCACUACGCCGAGCGGAAUAUAUGCUGUAUAUAAGAUCUAUGAUAUUAGAGCGGUUAAUUUACGAGCGCAUUAUCUUAAAAAUAAUAUGUGACCGCAAAGCGGAACUCAUAUUACAACACUGCGUGCCCGGAUUUUACCACUGGUUUCCAUAGGUCAGUUCGCACUUACCACAUCACCAGAGCGAUAAAAAGGAGGUCACGCAAUGAUCAUGCAGACUGGAAAUUUUAAGCGGAGGUUUUCAACGAGAUUGCAUUUCAUUUAUCUUUCCCUGUGACGUAAAAAGAAUAGAAGUCUCCUGUGCUAGGCGCUCAUAUUAAAAAAAAAAAAAAAUGGAAACGGUUCUGUUAAGUUGAUAAGAUGUGUAAAGUACAAAAUUUGUUGAUUUGAGAUUGAUAACCUGCAUUGAAAACAAGUCACAAUGACAUCAAUACGUACCGAAAAUUCAAAGUAAAAUAGGCAUAAGUGGCUAAGUUACUUUAAACAAAGUAUCGUACUGAAUGUCACACAGACAAAAAGAGCUUGAUAACUUCAAAGAGAUUAAAAAUCCUUGGGACUUACAACACGAUAGCGUUAAUAAGAACGAAGAACCAUCUUAUAUUUACGUCAUAAUUCUAUUUUCAUUUUCAUCGUAUUGGUGCCGUUGUCACAAAAGAAAUGCGUGUUGACGGUGAAAGGAAGACAUAACUGUGAGACAUAACCGUGAGACAUCGUUACUGCUUGGAAUGUUUUUGUUUACUCGACUAAGAAGGUCAGGAGUUUCUGUUUACAGAUAAAAUACUAAUUCUAGGUACGAGUGCCAGUAUAUUUCUCAAAACAUAGUUGGGGAGAAUUCAGUCUUGAACCGGAAAUGGCCGUAUCGAUAUAGGCGAAUUUAUCUCUGUAUAGGAUAUAAGAGAAUGAACUUUGUUAUAUUAUGUCUACCGCUGCGAAUAUCAGUCACGAGCGUGAGAAAAAAAAUUUAAGCGUCCCACGAGGAUUCGAAACUUAGACCUGAUUUCGCGUAGGAUGCUCUACCAACUGAGAUACAAAUGUAGAGGAAAUUUGUCGUUGAGCUAAAGCUAUGUGCUAGGUUCGAUUGUGAUAGCAGCUGGCAUACUGCUACGAUUAGCAAGGGCGACACCGUCCAGUGAGGAGAUAGGAAAGAAAAGAAAGUAAAUUUUGAGCUCGGUCGUAUGCGUAGAUUGACCGACUUUUGAUUUACUCCAACUAAUUACAAUGCCUCCUUUUCCCUAUGCCUUACUUCAUUAAUCGAAAUCAGUAAACUUGGCUCGCAUUCAGAAAAAAAGGACCCGUUAAAGCUUCUUGAAUUGUGCAGAGGUCUCGCAUUUAUUCCUAAUAGAACACAUAUAUAUGUCAUGCAAGGUAGAAAAAAAUCUUUGGUUAUCGAGAGGCUAAUAACAUGCUUAUAUCUCAAGAGUGACUCUUCGCUCUGGCGCUUCCGGCUAAAACUGAAAGAAUAUUUUUAUAUUAUUGCGACGAAACGGAAAAAAAGAUCGAUACCCCUGUUUUGACUUCUACUAAAAUGAACAAUUGCUUGAGAUAAAAACACUCGAAAAUGAAACGAUUAUUUACGUCCGCAGUCAAUAUUUCGUUUUUCAAUGGCCAAGAAUGAGCUUCAGUUUUCUUGCCAGUGUAACGAAAUGACUCAAUAAUUGUGAGAGAAAACCUUUAUUGCAAGUUACACACAAGGCCAAUGAAUUGAAUGUUUGAAGUUUACUGAUCUUUUAUUUCUGUGGCUUUCUUGCUCUCUUUCCAGUUGGACCCGUGAUCACCACAGCCCAAAACUAGUUUCCAAAGAGCUAUGCCGAAGUAUUCACCGCAUACAGCAAGUUAAGUGUUCACGUUUCUUUGGCACUCUGAGGAAAAUACUGAACUGUUUUUGGCUGAUAUGUUUUCACUACACGACAUUACAAGCGUUUGUCCAAAAUUGGAGCCGCUGGCUUCUGACGAAUCUUGCUGUCGCGAAGAAGAAAGUUUAAGAUUGAUGAAUCACGCUAAUGGACAGAUGGAAACACUCGUACGUGUUUCUGCUGAGAACAACAACGGUUUAAUGAUGGAAUCGGGCCAGUUGGAUGUGUAUGGAAAGACACCUUGUGUGGAAAUGAGUGUGUACGAGGGAAUAACGACCAACAACACGAUCGCUUACGAAGUGAAAUCGAUGGCAACCGUCGUGAAAACGCUGCCUGCUGAUGCCUACCAUGGGAAUGCUUCGGGCCAAAUGUCUUAUGCAACGGUCAAGAUUCCUUACGAAAUCAAAUCGAUUGGAACUAUCGAGAAACCGAUUCCUUUCGGAAGCAAGCCGAAUGGAAUCGAGAAAUCGCGGCCAGAUGAAGCUUACCAUUCGAAUACUUGUGGGCAAAGAUCUAACGGGGCGAUAAAGAUUCCAUACGAAAUCAAAUCGAUUGGUUCUAUCGAGAAGCCACUUCUGCCAGAGGAUUCGUAUCCCACGAGUGUCUCCGAGGAGAUGCCCCAUGGAAAGAUUUUGAACGUGUACACGGUUCCAGUUUACGAAAACGGUGGCAGUCAUGAAGUUUACUAUUAUCCCAUGGAGAGUGAUACCCAAGAAGGAGGAGCAAUUUCACAGACCUCCCAAGCUGGGACUCCUGUUAGUUAUGUUUACGACAGUGGCUAUGACCCCUGCGAAAGAACCCGGAGCAAACCAGAAGUGACACCUUCACCAGCGGGACUGGCCGCUUACCAGUCGAGUACUUACGGGACAAUUCCGCGUGAUCAAUUGGGUCCUGAUAGAUUGUCACCACCAUACGAUGUGCUUAAUCAAGAAAAGGCACCAGGUCUCCAAAUGAAUACCUUCAGGGGUACCCACAGGGCCUUGACCCCGUAUGAGAUAGGAGCUCAGCCAAGACCCAGUUGUAAUUGUUCUUGUCAUCAUUCCGAUCCAGGUUCCUCUCAUUUUCCCGCCUUUGGUUUGAGAAAUGAACGUCCUUCUGUCAUCAUGGUUCCUUCAACAUGGAAUGGUGAGGUCAUGAGCGAUGCAGCAGGCAAGGUGAGCUGUGACAUAUCUGGGUUUUUAUGUUUUUCUUUUAAUGUUUUGUUUUGCUACCAUUAUCUUUGAAAUAUCCUUACCAAAUGCAAUUUACUGUAGUCUGUAGUUUUAUUUUCCAUCUAUUAAAUAUAACUUUUGUUGUUGCCAUUUUUUAGUGAUAACAACAACAAAAGUAACAGAAACCGUAACCACAACAAUAACAGCGAUAACACUAAGAACAUCAAAAACAGCAACAACAAGAGCAAUAAUUAUAAAAAUAAUAAUAAUAUCAGUAAUGAUAAUGAUGAUCAAUAGAGGUAAUACUAUUCAUGGCAAAAAAUAGACUUGGUAUUAUUUUUCAAACAGUUUGAAUCCACCGCCCAUGGAAUCAGACAGGAUCUGCAACAGAAAGAAUACCAUGAAUUGGUAGGUUUUGCCGUUGUCAGUCAUACUCGAUAAAAACUGAUUAUGAUAAUUGUUAGCUUUAGUCAAGCGUUGGAUGUUGUCCUUGAGUAGCAUAGCGUCAAAAGUCAGACGUGUGAAUCAAGUGAGGCCAGGUAUGCUACGAAAAUUUAGUUUUCCGAGCUUUUGCCGAUCUACGGCAUCAUCAGGGAAUUUAGAUGGAAUCUUUGAAGUGAAGAGUAUAUCGGGUGAAGUGUUAGGCUAAAUAAUAGGGGUUCGGCAGAUUAUAGGACAGGACAAUGGCAAGUAUGUAAAUGCAGAAGAAAUAUUUAGAAAAGAAGGUCUAUGCAGAAAAUAAAUGUAGUCAGGGUAAAUAAUGUAGUCAGAAUAAAAGUAACCUUGGUUUUUCGUUUUCAUAGGACGAUUCUGACUCAUCAGAUGAUGGCGAUGAAGAUGGUAAACAUGAAAAGUAUUUCCGCAAGAAUAUCGACGGAACUACGGCGAGAUUUAAGCUGUCCAAAGAAGACUGGAAGAGGAUUCCAAUCAACACAUUCCCCAGCGGUGGCCGAUUAUUGAGUGGCGACUGGACACGAAUCUUCCUUAGCAAAGUCAAAGAAAGCAACCCAUGGUGCAGUUUGCGCUUCAAGAAUAAUCACGUAAGAUCAGAAAACUCUCGCAAAAUCCACUCAGCGGUGUUCUUCAGAGGAGGUGCAGAAUGCAAGCGACCAGAGUGUAACGUGAAGGUGCGAUUUGUGAUCCGAAAAGAAAAAGGAAAACACGUGGAGGUGACAUACGUCGGAAAUGUUUGUCACAACAGUCAGCCAGGUGGUGGUGACGUCAUAACUGACAAGAGAAAGAAGCGUUGUGUUCGCCGGCCAAAGUUUACGUCCAGUCUGGAUGACUGAACUUUACUUUCAUAACGAAACAAUAACUGUUAAAAAAGAGUGAGUAAUACUAUUGACUGCUUAAGAGGCUGGUAUGCUGCGUCCGCAGGCAUGCAAAACGUUCCAGUGAUUGACUAUUAGAAGGUUGCAACUAGUCCGCUCGAAUCGUAAUCUUUUCAAAAUCCGCUGAAGCGUUAUAUCUAUUUUUCUCACCUCCUAAUCUAUAAAAAUUACAUGCUGCCUAUUAAGGUGCUGGUUGUAAGAAUUUCUUCCCAUCCAGCGCCAGUUUGUCCAAAGUUCAAACUGAAAAUUAAAAGUAAGAAAAAAGGAAAUCCUAAGUGAUGAAGCUUUUUUUUUCAAAAGGCUAGUUACAAAAAGGCACUACUGUGUACUAGGAAAAACUAAACAAAUCUGUAAUCAAAGAACUAUUUAUUUCCAAAAUUUAAUAUUUUUCUAAACUGACUUUUUACAUUUUGAUUACUUGGUUGAACGUAGGUUUAAUUGAUUGACAUCAGAUGUCCGUUAUUUUAUAGAUAUGACAGAUAUAUUUUAUACCGUUGGCCGGUGGAAUAGUUUUAAAACUUUAGGGUAACGUUUAUAUGAAUUUCUUGCAAAGUUUUGGAGGUGAACCCAGUAUGUGAUAGCUGCAUAGAGAAUUAUCGUAAAUCAUCAAAUUUAUAUUUCAUAUUGGUUUGAAAGAGCGAAUCAUAAACAAGAAAAACACAUUUUAUGCUUACCAGGGGCGUGGCCAAUCUAUACUCCUAUAGGCCUGGGCCCACAAUUUUUUCCGCCCGGUGGACUUUUAUAAUAUUGUCAUGAAUUACCAAAAUUCGAAGUGUUUGGGAACUACUAAAACUAGGAAUGUUCUGGCUAAAUGUUUGAGAAUUGUUUAGGCCUGUUAGAUUAUCUUGAAAUCUUUAUGCGAGUCUCACAUUACUCAAAGGGUCUUUUACCCUUUGAGUGAUGCGUCUUGGACCCUUAUAGUUGGGCUUAACUCUCGUACGAUGAUUGUCAUCGCUGGUCGUGUUUGAGUUUGUCCUUGACCUUGCUUAAAGUACUCAACGGGAGGUUUUGUUUAGGUUUUAGUUCUCGAAGAUUGGUUGUGUUUCAAGUACUGUGUUGUUCAUUUCGAAUGUCUCGUGAGAUUGUUUUGGUGAGCAUUCUAAAAACAUGUGUUCUCUGCCAAGGUCAGUUGUUCCGUAAGCCUAGUAGUAUGACUUUUGCAAAUUUUAAAACGAAAAUUGUACUUUCUUAGGGUACAGGCCUAUAAAACGUUGAACUGAAAGCUGGCUACGCCCCUGCCAACGUUAGUCAAGUUUAGAUUGCUUCGAAGUGAUGAAAGUAUUACUCGUGUGAUGGGCAUCGGUUAAGAGGAUUGCAAUGUCGAUAUAUUGAUUGGUGUAUGCUAGUAUCUUGUGGCGAAUUCAUUUACAUGGUAAAGUGAUGUCCUCGAUUUCUAGCCAUGUUUAAGUUAUUACAAAAUUUAAUCUUCCUAAGCAGUGUUUUAGCAAUUGCUGAAUUACAUGGAUGCACGCAAAUGCAUUUAGCUUCUUUGGCUUGAGUUUAAUUUUACCAAUUUGCCUUUAAAUAACCUGGGGUAGCAUAGUUGGCAAAGUAGUUAUAAACUUCUGGAAGAUAAUUAAUUCACUAUUUGUAUGGCUCUGUGCACGCAACUGCGUUUAAGAUGAGAAAUUUGUAUGCAUUGUGUUAGAUUAGAAGAUAUGUUUUUGAUAACUGACCUUAGAUAACAUCGUUGGUGAGGUCGUUAAAACCAUUUUCAGAAUAUUAUUUUUCCAUUUUUAUUGCUAUAAACACCAAUUGCAUUUUAUAGUAACGAUUUUUUUGAAAAUGUGUCUAUUGGUUCCUUACAUUUGUAAAAAAAACAAAUCAAAAAAUAACCAAAUGUUCACAGCAUUAUUUGCACUGAUUAUACUAAGUUAAGUAGAGAAUAAAGCGAGAAUGAUUUUACAUGUGGU